AGCUGUUUCUUCUGCAAGAUCACAAAGGGUGAGCGACAGUUGCCCGUGUACUUGACGUCUGAAAGGCGGACCAGCUAUGCCUUCCUCGACGUCGGGCCCCUCGCUGAGGGCCACACUUUGAUCAUCCCCAGAUACCACUCCGACAGAAUGGACCAGGUCCCCGACGAAUACCUCGCCGAGAUCCUGCCUCUGGCCAAGAAGAUCGCGAAAGCGCUCGACGUCGUCGACUACAACAUCCUCCAGAACAAUGGGAAGAUCGCGCACCAGCAUGUCUUCCACGUGCACUUCCACGUUAUCCCGAAGCCAAACGAGAAGGAGGGCUUGGGCAUCGGCUGGCCGCGGGUCGAGCAGCCCAAGAAGGUACUCGCAAAGACGUUGGAGAAAAUUCUCUCAAAGUUGUAG